AUUUCCCCUUGCCUGCGGUCUCUUUAUCAUGCAAUGGGUUUGUUCUGCGUCUAGUAUAAAGUAAGUGAGCGCGGGUUUCACACACACACAUACUGCACACAUGCAGCCUGCUCAGGAUGACACAGAUGAGUACAGUAUUGAGCAUUUUCGUCUUGUUUCUUCACACCACUUUUGGGGAAAGUGGUUGCACCUCAGCAGAUGGUGAUGGGACUUUUGGAGAUGACGAACCAGACAAUUUUGAAUUCGACUGCUUCAGCCAGCUAGAAUUUAAGGACUCCUAUAGCAGCCUAACCUGCAAUUUUACCGAGCUGCCUCCUCACCACACUAACUAUAGCCUGGCCCUGUGUACCAAGGAAGACAGCAAUUAUGUGUGCUUCAAUAUGGAGAAACAGGAAGAUGCGUAUUUCUUACAAUUCACUGAUAUACUCUCAAAUAAAGACAUUUGCAUGGUCUCUGAGAUGAAGAGAAGGGUCUGCAGGAGUCUGGUUGUAACUGACAUUGUUAAGCCUGAAGUACCAUUCAAUAUAAACAUCACAUAUCAAAAGGAGGCAAAUGAAUAUCUUAUUCAUUAUAGUACACCACACUCAUGGAAGAAAUACUUAAAAGACAAAUUAAUACACCAAAUAGCCUAUCGACAGGAAGAAGGUACUUGGAAGACAAUAGAGUCACCAUACCUUCAGGUAAAGUUACUGGGGAAAAACCUUGAAAAUGAUGCAUCGUAUGAGGUGAAAGUACGUUCGCAGCCCAACGGAGAUUAUUUUAAGGGCAUGUGGAGUGAAUGGAGCACUUCCAAGAGCUUCAGGACCACAAGGGACCUGCACUCCACAGAGACCUAUAGCAGUGUGGUCGUGGUAAUACUCUCCAUCUUGGGAUUCAUGCUGUCCAUUGUCAUGAUAGUCCUGAUGGUAACUUUUUGGGAAAACAGGAUCAAGCCUGCUGUGUGGCCAAACCUUCCUGAUCACAAAAAAACACUGGAGCAACUAUGCAAGAAGCCAAAAAAUAAUUUUGAUAUAAGCUUUAACCCAGAGAGUUUUGGUUACGUUCAUAUCCAUAAAGUGGAUGGCAUUCGAGCAAAAGCUGAACUGGAAAAUUUUCUGCAGCCAUCAACUGCUCCAGAGACAAACCUUCCAGAAAAAUUUAGGAAUGGAUCAGACCUGAAGAUGAUCCCUGUGAUGACAGACAAAAGCAACCUAAACCCCUCUGUGACUUACGGAGAAAUCUGGCCAGCUGAAGCCCUGCACAGACUCCUGGGCACCAGCCAGUUUGCAGUCACCGAAGGCAACUGCGGCUCCAGCACAUGCGAAGUGUGCCACAGCAAUGGGGUGCCCCUGUGCAAGGAUGGUUUCAACCUUUCCUCCGCUCCUCCCCAGGAUCCCUCUGGCCAGCCUGGACCAGAGGUCCUAAAUGGUGACACCGCAUCCCAGAUGCUGCCCACCAGUGAAAUGAGGUCACCAAAAAAUGAGGAAGCCUAUGUCACAAUGUCUAGCUUCUACAAAAUUCAGUAAACCUUACAGGAAUGACAGCGUACCAUUUUUUCUCUAACACAAGCCGGACACUGCAGCUUUCUGGUUUGUUUUCCUGCAUCCUGUGAGUUCCAACCUCCGCAAUGCACCCUGCUCGCAGUGCAAUGUUAUACCUGCAAGGAAGUGGGUUCUCCCAUGUUUCAGUGAUAAGCGGCCUAACCUCAGCUCUCAGUAUGCUGGUAGCAAUCUCCACUGCAGCAGAAAUUAAAUUUAAUUCAACCUGACUUUAAUCUUCACAUCUGAUUAAUCUGGAGCAAUGACACUGCAGUCCUAGCUGAGGAUCAGAACACGCCUUGUAAAAGUUAAUCAACUCUUCUGUUAACCUCUUGGUUGCAGAGUUAAGCUCUUAUUAAUGCCUAAGCAAGAAAUAUGGCAACAAAUUCAAGUUAAAUGAAUCCAAUCUCUUUGAAACAGUCGUAGGUCAAGAGUAACUCCUCUGCAGUCAGUGGAAGUCCACGAGUUUGCACAACACCAGUAAAUGAGAGUUGUUAUCAAGCAUUAGUUGCCUGGGGAUUCAAGAGCUUGGUCACUGCAAAAGGAAUUUGCUGAGUCCCCAGGAAAAAGGGCACACGGACUCACCUUAGGAAGAUGUUUUCUCAGACCAAUUUUUUUUUUUUUUUUUUGAGAGAGAGAGAGAGAGAUUAAAACAAAGCAAAACCCCUACAUGCCACUACUUUUUGCUGCUGGUAAAGAUCUCCCCCAGAGCCAAUUUUAGGAUCCACAGGUACUUCUGCUAGUGCUAUAUAUUAAAGAUCUUCAGCAUUUCAUGUACUAGCAAUGUUUAGCUAAGAAAACAAAACAAAAUUAAUGAAAAACAAAGUCCCACCUCUUCCUAUAAACUGAAUUGGGUCUGUAAAAUGCAUGAAGCUGUCUUUCUUUGCAGCCCUUGUGCAAGCAAUAGCGCAACAUGUAAGUACUUUCCAGGGCUGAACAGACCGUGUUUGUUUACUAGCAUUAUUCCCAAUUGCUGUGGCUGCAGGAGAAUACUUUGAAUUUGGCCAGGCAAUGUUCUCAUGCAACAUCUGAGCUAGGAAGAUGGAUGGAGUGUCAUGGAUCCUGCCAGUGAUCAGAAGACCUACAAUUUUUUGAAAAUACCCUGUAAAUUGGCUGGCAAUAGCACUUGGGGGUUUUGGUUUCUUUUUUUUUUUUUUUACGUUAUGACGAAGGAGGCAUCCUGUCCCUUCCCAUUCACCUUUCUCCGGACUCUGUGCCCAGCUCUAAGGGGUUCCCCACAUGCUGCCAUGCAGAGAUGGCUGAGCCACUUCACAGUCCCUCUGGGAUGCUGCACAUUGUGGAACACAUGCUUGGAGAUAAAGCUGCUACAGCCACAUGGUUGCAUGACAGCCGAGCAGUGUGGCCAUGGGAAAUCCAAGCAGCUUUGCUGCACUCGGGGAUUGGGGUUCGCCUCACUGUGCAGUCUCAGUUUCUCUAGUUGCUUGAAAUUCUCCUUUACUGAAAUGUAUUCACGUUCCCAGAGCCUAAGGGUAAAAAGAGUCCUCUUCCCUCAGAGCUGCUCGAAUUUGUUCUGACUGGUAAUAAUCACUGAGAUGUCACUAUAUUUGAUGUAGCCUGCUGGAGAAAAACAGCACACCCAAGAGCACUCCACCUUCUCCACCUCCACCCAACACCAGGGAAACUUUCAAAUGGGGAUAAACUUAUAGUACCUGCGUGCAAAGGGGCUGAGGAUUUGGCUCAAGGCAUUCCAGUGACAUUUUACAGAAUGGUUUUUAUUGCUUUUUCUCGCCAAAUGAAACAUUGAUUAAUGCAGUAAAAAAAGAUGAAAGCCCUGGA